AUUUAUUUAAUUUUUAUAUGAGAGCAACUUCAGAAAAAUAUGAACACGUCAGAGCUGAAUAAGUUUAAGCUCCCAUAAAUGAAAUCAAAGUCUCUGUUAAAGGUCUUGAUGGCACUUAUAUCAAGAGAGCUAUUGAAUUAUUGUAAGGCGCAUAAGAUAUCCCAAAAUAAGACUUUGUAGUUAUCAAAGGAAUUGAUAAUGCUAUCCCUAAGGUUUUAGUAAUUAGUGAAAUUGUAAGAAGAAGAGUAGUUGGAUUAUCAUAAGUAUGAAAAAUUAUAUAUAAAAAGAUUAAUCAUAUUGGUAAUACUUAAAUUGUGGACAAAUAUGUUCCAACAGAAGAGGGAUUAGUUGAAGUCAGUAUUACUAAAUAAUUAUCUAUAUUGACUGUUAAAUUGACUACCAGACCAACAGAAGAAGAUAAAAAGUCUGUUGGAUACUAAGAACCACUCCCUGAAUCUGAAGUUGUUCCUUAAAGAUAAAGAUAAUGUAUAUAAAUAUAUUUAAUUAUUUAGAAGGAGAAAAAAGAGAAAGAAACACAAGAUAAAAUAGAGGAGGUCCAAGAGGUGAAAAUAACAGAGGACAAGAUAGAAGAGAUAAUAGAGAAAAUAGAGACAAUAAUAGAGAUAAUAGAGAUAACAGAGAAAACAGAGAAAACAGAGAUAAUAGAGAUAAUAGAGACAAUAGAGAUAGAAGAGACAACAGAGAUAAUAGAGACAAUAGAGAUAAUAGAGAUAAUAGAGAUAAUAGAGACAGAAGAGAUAAUAGAGAGAAUAGAGAUAACAGAGAUAAUAGAGAUAACAGAGAUAAUAGAGAUAAUAGAGAUAACAGAGAUAAUAGAGAUAAUUAUAGAGAUAGAAGAGACAAUAGAGAUAAUAGAGAAAGAAGGGAUAAUAGAGACAAUAAUUAAAGAAAUAACAAUACAAGAGAUAAAGAAAAUAAAUAAUGAGAUUUAAAAUAUCAUUUUAAGAAAUACAAUAAAAUUUU